AUGUCUAAUCAGUCUUCUUCAAAAGAUUCCGAUCACGGAAUUCCAGAUAUGAGAGCAUUCAUGGAGGCUGUAAAGUCCAAACUUGAACGACAAAGGCUUGAUAACGAAAAUAGGUAUGCUGAAAUGAUGGAUGAACUAAUAAAAAUCAAAUCUAAAUCGAGAGGUAGGAGCUUUCGAGAUGAGGAAAGUAUGUCUAGAGCAAGGAGAGGAACGUGGAGAGAUGAAGAAGAAUGGGGAGAUAGAACCGAAACUCACCAUAGGAGAAAUAAGGUAGAUUCAAACUUGGGUAGUAUUAAGCUUACAAUUCCUUCCUUCCAAGGUAAGAGUGAUCCCGAGUUGUAUCUAGAGUGGGAAAAGAAGGUUGAGAGAGUAUUUGAAUGCCAUAACUAUAGUGAAGAGAAAAAAGUAAAAUUGGUCGUAGUUGAAUUCACCCAUUAUGCCGCAAUUUGGUGGGAUCAACUAGUGAGUAAUAGGCGUAGGAAUGGUGAGGGGGAGAUCCAAAUAUGGGCUGAAGUGAAACGAAUAAUGAGAAAACGCUUUGUUCCUUCUCAUUACUAUAGAGAGUUGUACAAUAAGGUACAAAGUUUGGUACAAGGGGGAAAGAGCGUAGAGGAGUAUUAUCAAGAGAUAGAGAUUGAUUUGAUUAGGGCCAAUAUAAAAGAGGAUAGAGAGGCUACUAUGGCUCGAUUUCUGCAUGGUCUUAACAAAGAUAUUACUAAUUUUGUUGAAUUGCAGCAUUAUGUAGAGAUGGAGGACAUGCUACACAUGGCAAUCAAGAUAGAGCUGCAAUUGAAGCAAAAGAGCAAGAACUCCUCUUCAAUAAAUUCUAAUUGGAAAUUCAAUUGGAAAGGUACAAAUUCUGCCCAAAAUAAAGGAAAGGAAGUGUCUAAAGAUAAUAAAACCGAAACAAAGGGGGAUCAAAGCAAUAAAAGCCGAACUCAAGAAGGCAAGCCCAAAAAGAUCCAAUGCUUCAAAUGCCUAGGCUAUGGACAUAUCUAUUCUCAAUGUCCGAACAAACGCACUUUAGCAUUAAAAGGAGGCGAAUUGGUGUAUGUUAGUGAAGAAGAAAGUGGAGUUGAAAAUGAUGAAGAUUCAAUGCCCGAAUUGGAAGAUUGCUAUUUCGAUGAUGGAGCUAAGCAAGAGGGGCAUUCAGGUGAGUUAUGUGGAGUCACCAUUAGAUCCUUGAACAUGCAACAAGGGGCUGAUGAUGAAAGCCAAAGAGAGAACAUCUUCCAUACAUGCUAUUUGGUAAGAGAAACUCCUUGUGUUUUAAUUAUUGAUAGUGGUAGUUGCACUAAUGUUGCUAGCAUAAUGAUGGUGGAUCGAUUGAAACUUCCAACAACUAAACAUCCAAAACCAUAUAUUCUUCAAUGGUUGAAUGAUUCGGGAGGUAUCAAGGUUACAGAGCAAGUUUGGGUGGCGUUUAGUGUGCAAAAGUUCCAAGAUGAAGUAUUGUAUGAUGUGAUCCCAAUGCAAGCUUGUCAUAUACUUUUGGAAAGGCCAUGGCUAUUCGAUAGAGAUGUCAUCUACAAGGGGCGUUCAAAUUGCUAUUGUCUCACACUUCACAACAAACUUUAUACUCUUAUACCUUUAAGUCCAAAAACUGUUAAUAAAAACCAACAUAUAAUGAGACUUAAAGUUGUUGCCUAUGAAAAAGAAAAAGAAAGAGAGAGAGAGAGUGCACGUGAAAAAAAAAGUGCACAAGCAAAAGGAGAGCUGUGUGGAAAACCAUGA